UGAGCAGGGAUUCUGUGAAAUGAAGAAGAUGAAUACUGUAAUACAGGCGAAGAGAAUCAUGGCGGGGAGAGAGAUCUUUCAAGCGAUCAGGGAAAAGGCGUCGGCGACGUUUAAGAAGAGGAAUGUCCCAUACGAGGAAUUCGAGCUUCCGUCCAGCGAUAAACACCCGCAAUACCAAGCCCCUCAGGCUGGGGGUGGAGGUGGAGGAGGAAAAGGAGAGGAAUCCCCGACGGGAUCCAUUCCGGACAGGGAAAGGCCACCACUGAGGAAGAUCGACAAAUACGUUCAACCGAAUUGUCCCUGUUGCAACCUCUCCAAGAGAUAUACGAUGGCCGUUCUUGCCAGCUUCGGAUUCAUGGUCACUUUCGGCAUCCGCACCAACCUCGGCAUGGCCAUCGUUCAAAUGACCUCCAAUGUAACCGACUCCGGGAAGCCGGAAUUUGACUGGUCAGCCGACACGAGGGCAUUGGUGGACAGUGCCUUCUUCUAUGGUUAUCUCAUCACCCAAAUCCCAGGCGGAUUCCUCGCUUCUAAAUUCCCCGCUAACAAGCUGUUCGGUCUGGCGGUGGCGAGUUCGGCCUUGUUGAAUCUCCUCUUCCCGGCCGCGGCUGAGAUCCACCCCACUGCCGUCUUCAUCGUCAAGGUCUUCCAAGGCCUCGUCGAGGGAGUGACGUACCCGGCGUGCCAUGGGAUUUGGAGGUACUGGGCACCACCGUUGGAGAGGAGUCGGCUAGCAACACUGGCUUUCUGCGGAUCGUAUGGAGGAGCAGUGGUUGGCAUGUUCCUUUCCGGCUGGCUCACCAAAGCUCUCGGAUGGCAGUCCUCCUUCUACACCUAUGGGGUCCUGGGGAUGAUAUGGUAUAUGUUUUGGCUGUGGUUGGCUUUCGAGAAGCCUUCUUGUCACCCGACCAUCAGCACGGCGGAAAUGCUCUAUAUCGAGGAAAGCCUCGGAGUGACUUCCUUUCAGGGACCGAUGCCGACAAUAAAGAACAUGCCAUGGAGGGCAUUGCUGACGUCCAUGCCGGUUUACGCCAUCAUCGUGGCCAACUUCUGCCGAUCUUGGACCUUUUAUCUCCUUCUCCUUCAUCAAGGGGAAUACUUCAAGCAAUGUUUCGACUUCGACCUCGGCAAGAUCGGGACACUGGCGGCAGUGCCGCACUUGGUCAUGACCGUCAUCGUUCCCUUCGGGGGAAGAUUUGCCGAUUUUCUCAGAGAGAGAAGAAUCCUUUCGACGACGAACGUCCGGAAGAUCUUCAACUGCGGCGGGUUCGGAAUGGAAGCCGUCUUUCUCCUCGUCGUGGCUUAUUCCACGGAUCCCACUACUGCCAUCUUUGCCCUCACCCUCGCCGUCGGCUUCUCCGGAUUCGCCAUCUCUGGAUUUAACGUGAAUCACCUGGACAUUGCGCCGAGGUACGCGAGCAUCUUGAUGGGGAUGUCAAACGGAAUCGGAACGCUGUCGGGAAUUAUAUGCCCGGUCCUGGUCGAACAUCUCACGUCUCACAAGAAAAAGGAAGAAUGGGUCUCGGUGUUCUUGAUCGCAUCCUCGGUGCAUUUCGUCGGGGUGACAUUCUACGGGAUCUUCGCAUCUGGAGAGCUUCAACCCUGGGCCGAACCCUACGAGACCCCACCAGAGGGUUUAAAACCUCCGAAACCCGCUAUGCCACCCGUCAUUCGUGAACAGUCCCUCGCGGAGAGUGAGAGCGGGAAAGGAGGACUUUUAAACGGCAGCCUGACAUCGUAUGGAGCCGUGGAAGGGGUUAGCGAAGUCACUAACCCCUUCAAUCAGCAAGAAAUGUUUCAGGCUCCGCCCCCGAAUGUAGGAGCGCGUGAUCAGCCUUACCAAGGACAAUAUCAACGCGAAGAAUACUACCAAGGAGGGGCAAGCUAUCAGCAAGAAUUCCCUCAGCGUCCUUUCAAUCCCUUCCGUGACAACAUGUGAAAAUAAGCAAUUGUUAUUCCUCCCGUUGAGCAUCUAUACGAGGCUGUGAUAGGACGACAUGCGAUCGUAGUGUCUCCACGUCUGUGAUUUUUCGUUCGAUCGACUCCCCCUCCGAUAAUAACCAGUGCUGUGUCGUCGAUCUUCUUCGCCCCCAUUAGGCAUAUCUAUCCGCAGUAUGACCUUGGUAAAAUCUCGGUGUCGUGUGGUACUAUCGAGGAAAGCCACUUGAUCUGUGAGCUUCUUCUAGACGCAGAGGGCUUCCACAGUGUACAGUCGUCUCUCCGACCCCUUUACCCUCACCUCUCCGACCCCUUUUCCCCGAUUCCUCUCACCCUUUUGACCCUACUUUCCCUCCCAUAGUUCCUCGUAUCUCCUUCCAAAACUCCUCUCUCUCCUUUUCCAAGCCAAGAUUCUCAUAGACAGCCUUAUGAGAACUCGUUGCAUCGUUACUUAAUAGGUGUGGCAUUCGAGCCAAGUCGAGGAGUAGUUCAUUCCUGGUUGAUGCGUUGAUGCAAGUGCCUCUCGGAAGCAUCUUGCGCGUUAGAGAGUAACGUAGGUUUAUUCACCGAGUGUGGGCCGUGUUCGCGUCCGACUGCAACGAGUCGAGGUCAAGGUCAUGUGCCAUAACUCACGUCGAGUGAUACUCAUCGAUUUACGUUCACGUUCACGUUUUUUUCGAAGUCUUGCAAGACCAUUUUCGCGCGGGCCGUCGCGGUCGUGCCGUCGGAUCCGGAUAGUGUCGUCGGCAGGUCUCCAUAGUUAUCGUCGUUCGCUCGCACCCGAAUCCAUAUAAGUGGAGACGGGACGGGUGGACUCUCGGACCGGCACGAAGUCGCGAUUGCGUCCUAUAUCAAUGUUCGUGUUCGAGUCCGUGUGUGUCUGUGUCUAUUUCAUGUGUUCCCUAGGGUCACACUCCCAAAAAGAAAUUGUGAUACUCCAGAAUUGAUCAUGAAUCUACGCAUUAAACUAG